UGCAGAGAAGCAGAUGGUGUGCACAGUCCAACCUAGAUACUCUCUCCUUAUCCCAUAGGUAAGCAAUUGGGCCAAGGGUGGGUGGUCAGCAAGAACAUACUGCUUUAGAGGAAAAGUCAGAAAUCUUGGGACAUCAGAGACACUUUCAUACUCUUGGAGCUAAAAAAACAGAUUUUAGGCCCUCCCUGGAAAGGAGAGACCUAGAUGCAAUGUCCUGAGGAGGAAGAAGCCCCUUGUGCUCCAGAGAAUGACAGCAGAGCCACAGAAGCUGUCAAGGAAGAAACUAACCAUUAAGGGUCAAAGGAAGACGAGAAGAGUAGGAAUAGCUGGUCAUCCCCUACUCAGAGAACUGAGGCAGCUAAAGUCUGUUGUCUUCCUGGAACAAACGAGACACAAAAGAGAACCUCCCAAGAAAGACCGAAACAGAUGACAGCUGCCCAUAUCUGGGCACUGAUGCCACUGCUAGAUGGCACCAAAAGAUAUUGCCAGAUAUUAUAGCCUCGAACAAGAAACACUGAGGCACAGGUUUUGUUUCUUUCACAACCACCCACUGAAAGGAGAUGAACAGAAGGGUGAUUUGGGAAGUAAACAGCUGACUAAGAAAAUGGGAUUUGGACUUUUGAACCACAAUUUAAAAUAUUGGGAUGACAGAUUCCUGGCCAGAGAUGAAGUAUACUGUUCAAAGGCUGCCAGAUACUAUAGAGAGUAGCUGCAAUGAAAGAAGAAGAGCACUUGGGAUAUCAGAAAUUCAGAGAAGACAAGACCUAAGAGGAGACAACAGUGAAACUCCUGGCCAUAAAUGCCCAAAGUUUAAUCAGCAAACAAGAGGAACAAAAAGGCCUAACCCAAGGAGGUAAAUUUGACCUCUCAGGACUAGAUUCUAGAGGUAUCCUUGGGACAUGCUUGGAGGACCCACGAGACUUGGAACAUGCUUCACUUCCCUCUAGAAAACUUUUCUCUCUUGGACAGCCUAAUAUUAGGAGUCGUCCAGAUCAUGAUAAGCUCCUUCCACUUGUUUAUGUGGUAUUUCCUGUUGGAUCUAUAUGGCAGACAACAAAAAGGACAGUUUGGCACAUAUAAUCCUAUAACCUAUAAAAUACAUUAUCCAUCGUGGGCAAUCUUUUUUCUCCUGUCUGGAUUCCUCUCAAUAAGUGAAGCAAAGAACUCCUCCGUGCAUUCGAGAAAGUUGGCUUUCUGCGGAAACAUUUUCAGUGCCGUGUUAGCCGUCAUUGGAGUCAUUCUCAUCAUCAUCGAGCAGUGCACAGAGCAAGAAAUGUCCUAUAAAAAUUUUGGAAGAGCAGCAAUGGGGAAGCUGGUUUCCUGGCUUCUGUUAAUCACCUCGCUCGGGGAGUUCAGCCUCACCUUUACCUACAUCUAUCACGUAAUGUGUAAUUGGGAUAGCCUCAUGAGUGACCUAAAUGACUUCUAUGUUGAAGAUAAAGCGGAGGAGGAAGAUGAGGAAAGCCUGGAGGAGGUGAUGGAGGAGGAGGUGAUAAAGGAGUGGGAGAGGAAGACAUCUGAGGAAUUGGGGAGAAAUAUGGAGAAGUUGGAGGAGUUGGAGGAGGUGACAGAGGAAGAGGAGGAAGUGGAGGUGGUCAUCAAGGAAAAGGCUAAAGGAAGACUGGUGGGGCUGAAAAAACAGUCUGCCUUUUAGCAAGUGAGCACAGCCUUGGGGGGAAUCAAUCCAGUGCUCCCUCCAGAAGAAGGGCUCAGCCGAGACCACGGCAGCAGCCAGCUGGCUACCAGAGAUGUCCCAGGGGGCCUUCCUCUUUUGGAAGAAAAUGCAAACUGUUUGAUUUCCCCCAUGGGGCCCUGCAUGCUAUUACGCUCAGAGGGUAAUGCUUCCCUUCAUGCCAGUCCCGGAUUCCCAGAGGUGGCAGCCUUGGUGCCCAGCUGAGUCUCUGCACGCCUCUGGGCGACAGAGGGCUAUUCCCAAAGGGUCAGGACACAAUGACCACCAUGUCCCUCAGGAAAUCCUGGCUGGGCACAAGCUCCAGAAGCUUCUUCCCACUCAAACGCCUUCUCAAACUAACCCUUUUCCACAAAUGGCCCAGGAGAUGAGUCAACGAGAGCUCCUCCAGGCCAAGCUCAGCUGGGUCUUCCUGCUAUGAAGGUUUCUCUUCUUGUUUCCCCUCAUUCCUCAAUCACCUGUUUCAUUGGUCUUAGAGAAACCAACUCUGCUUUGCCCGUGGAUCUGGGCUCUGUGAAUGGCUCAGUUCCCCAGGAAGCCUGGGGUCAGGCACAUAAAUCAUGUCAAUUGGCUCAGA